UUUACACAUGGAUAGUCAUAUGGCUAUUGUAGACAAGGAUCAAGUGGCACUCAAAAAUCAAUUUUGUGAUUGGUGUAUUUAUAGUGUACAACAAAAAUGUUUUUUACGGCUUCUGAUGAUGAUGAUGGCAGUGGGUUUUCUGUUGGUAUGCCAACUUCUGGAUCUAAACUGUCAUCACUCUUUGGUAUGGGUGCAGGAUCAGAAGGGGGGAAUGAGUCACUAAAAUACACUGCUCCAAAGCAACCAAAACCAAAAGGUGAAGAAACAAAAACUGAACAAAAAGGAGAUGCGCCAUCCUUACUGUUUGCAUGUGCUUGCCACACUUUUAAAUAUGUUAAUGGUCAAUACACUAAACAAGGAAAACUUGGAGCUGCUGUGUUGGGUCAUUUAGCAUCUAAAGAUUAUAAAAUUUUGUUGUAUAUCAGUCAAAAGAAACCUGUCACCAAUGCAAAAAUACAUUCAGCUUUCGUUUAUACUGUGCAAAAAAACAAUUAUGUCUCAUUUUAUGAUGACCAGUCACAAUCGUGGUCUCUUUGUUUUGACACUGAAGACCAGUUGAUAGAAUUCUCAAAAUGGGUUUGUCUUGCAAGGUAUAACGCACAGUCAAAUGCACUUGUGACACAGGAUCUUAACAUUACUGAAGGGCAGGAGGUGCAGAAAGGUGAUACUGUCGAAAUGCAGUAUACUGGCUGGUUGCAUGAUGGAAAUGCUUUCGGAAAGGUUUUUGAUAGUAAUAAAGAUACUGGAAAAUUAUUCAAGUUUAAAAUUGGAAAAGGGAAAGUUAUUAAGGGAUGGGAUACUGGUGUAGUUGGGAUGAAAAAGGGUUCAAAAAGAAUGUUAAUAAUUCCUCCUGGACUGGCUUAUGGAGCUAAGGCAGUUGGUGACCGAGUACCACCGAAUUCAACUUUAAUAUUUCAAGUUGAGAUAACAAGGGCUAAAUUUGUGAACCCUCAACCAGACAGUGAUGCAAUAUCUGUUGUUUCCUUGGAUACUGCUACUAAAGAGGAAACGAAGCCACAAAGUCCAAGUAAUCCUGAAGUGGAUGUUAGUGAUGCUGAAAGUCAACAGCCAUUAAACACUAAUGAUAGCUUAAAGGAAAGAACAAAAUCAAUAUCGGAUCAACUAUCUAAGACCCCUGAAAACACAAAAUCAAAACUUUUGGAACGAAUGUCAAAAAUGGGUCAGUCCAUCAUUCCAACCAAUCCAGCACCACAAAAGUCACCUUCACCAGAAUCAGUCGAUGGAUUGGAAGAAGUUACUCAACCAAUUCCAAUUGAGCGUCAAAGAUCAAACGAGCACCCUCAAUCGUCUUUUAAACCAGAUUCACCAAAACCACAUUUAAAACCAAAACCAGAACCAGUCCCCCGACCUGUUCAAUCGUCCAACCCAGUUACUUUACAACCAGAUCCUGCAUACGCUUCGCAACAACAGCAUUAUGUACCCCCUAAUAUGUUCCAACCACAGAUGGAACGAAAUCAAAUGUAUCUUCCUCAGCAACAACAACUGUCUUUGUAUCAGUCGCCUCAAGCUAUGCAAGCAGCAGCAAUGCUUGGAUUUGCAGCGCUACCUCAACAACAGAUGCCACAACCGCAACAGCCUGCUGCAGGUGCUUCAGCAAAUGAGAUGAAUUUGAUGAUGACUGAUAGUCGGUUAAAACAUGCAGAACUAAAGACUGAUUUAAGUCGAAUGAUGGAAAAAAUUGAUAAUAUGACAUUAAAGUUGAACAUCAUUGAGAAUGACAACAAGCAUUUGCAACAAUUACAACCUUCAUCACAUCAACAACAGCAACAACUUGUUUAUAAUCAAGCACCUGAAAUGGAAGCCUCCAUCUUGAUGCAAAAUAUCACUAGAAUCAUUAAGGAAAAUGAAAAACUUCGGUCUGACUGCGAGGAAAAGAAUUUGAAAAUCGAGAAACUGAAUGAACGCAUGACUGAUUUACUUACGAAAAAUCAAAGUUUCUUUGAGAAAAGCAACGAGUUGUUAGCCAACCAAACGGAUUCCAUGCAAAAUACUGCUGCACAAGCCAUGGUGAAAGUAUCAACGUUAGAACAACAAAAUAUAAAAUUGGAAACAGAGUUAUCCACAUUAAAAACUCAACUUUUACAAGCAGAAAGUAAACAACAAGUUAAUGCAAAGAGAAAAGCAGAUUUGUUGGUUAGUGUAGAGAAUCUCAAACAAGAAGUCAAACAGUACAAAGAAAAUGCUGACGAUGACAAUACAACCAAUGCUGAACACGAAGCUGUUGUUGCCGAACUUAAGGAGAAGUUAAAACGAGAAAAGAAGGAACAGAAACAAGUUCGACUUCAGCUCGAACAACUUGAUGAAGAACAGUCCGAAUUAAGGCAAGAGAGAGAUUCGUUAAACAAAGCGUUGAAUGACUUGAAGAAGAAAAGAAAGGACGAUAAAACGAAACACGAGGAAGAACUUGAAGAAGCAAAAACACAGCAUGAGGAUGAAUUGAAAUCUUUGAAGCAGCGUUACAAAAAAACUGCCGGUACCGAGACCGAAAAGCUUGCAAAACUGGAAGAAGAACUAACCAAUCAGUUGAACACGCAGAAACAAAAAGAAUUGAAAACUUUGACGGCGAAACAUGACGAGAUUGUAAAAGAGUUGACAGCUGAGAAAGAACUGUUAAAAGAAGAAGUUGACACAAUCCAACAAAAGCUUACCGCCCAAUCAAAACAGGCUAAAUUAACAGAUGAAACGAAAGUGGACAGUGAAAAAUUUGCUCAGAUCAAAGAAGAAAAUAUUAGGUUAUUAAAAGAAAUAGAAACUUUAAAAGAGAUGAGCGCUAAUGAAGAUUCCACAGAAAUUCUUACAAACGAAAUCGAAGUUUUAAAAGACAGUUUGUCUGUUUUGAAUGAUUCAAAUGUUAAGUUGAAAGAAGAAAGCGACGUUUUGCAGCGAAAAGCGAAAGAUUUGGAACAGGAAUGUGACGAAGCAAAAACUACAAUCGAAAAUUUAAAAACAAAAUGUGACGUUGCGUAUGACAAAGGAAUUCAAGAUGGUAGAGAAAACGUGAAGACUAUUUCGCAUGCUUCCUACCAACGGGGACUGGAAGAAGGAAAAAAUAUUUCGGAAGCUAACGAAUCCGAAAAUAAAGUUAGUGAAGCCGAAGUGACUGAAAAAAUAAAGAAAGUUAUGAAUUCAGUCUUCUUCAAACUUCGCUCCGAAUUUGAAGCCGAUGAAUCUUACAUGGGCAAACAAGUUGUUAUUUCCAUCUUGGACACAAUCAAGGAAGUCACUCUGCAGAUAACUUCAAAAGAUGAAGACGAAAGUGAAAGUGAGGAAGAGGAUGAAUCAGAAGAAGAAGAAUCAGAAAAAGAAAAAGAAAAAGAAGAAUCAGAAAAAGAAGAAGAAAAAGAAGAAGAAGAAGAAUCGGAAGAAGAACAAGAAGAAACUAAAGAAGAAGAAAAGGAGAAAGAAAAGAAAAUAACAGAGGAAGGGACAGCGACAGCGGAGGAACUGACAGCAGAAGAGAAAGGAACAGAUGAAGUGGACGACGAAAAUGAUAAAGUUGAUGCCCCUAAUGAAAGUGAUGAAGAACAAUAUGCUACCGACGAAGGGGAGUCUGUAAAUGAAAUGUCUCCCACUCCUAAUGAAGCAACUGUGGGUGAAAGUAAAGUGCUAAGUGAUACAGACCAUAAUGUUGAUAAAGCGGGUAGAGAAACGAAAAAUGAGAUUGAGGAGGAUGAUAAAUCGGAAAAAACGGAUGAUGUGGAAUAUAGCAAGCAGCCUACCAACAUGGAAGAAGCGGUUACCGAUGGAGGAGAUAAUGUUGAAGUAAACGACACUGAACCUUUAGAGAAGGUUUCAAGCGAAAAGGAGGCCCAAAGCAGUGAUAACGCAAAAGAUGUUGAAGAACUGGGAAAAAAUCAGAAAAGUGUUUUGGAAGAAGUCGGUCUGGACAGCUCAUUAUUUGGUAGCACGCCGGAAUUGCCUGACGUAUUGCCUGAAGCUGAGUCUGAAGUGCCUACUGAAACGCCGACAGUGGAACUACCUAAGAAGGAUGAAAGCUCUUUAUUCUUCUCCAGUGAAGAAACGAAAACAGUUGAAGAAACGAAGGGAGAUGGAAAUGAAGAAAAUGAAAAGAAGGAGAAGAAAGAAAAGCCUUCCCUGUUUGAUGAUGAUGACGAUGAUGAUUUUUUUGUCAAAAAAACGUCAUCGCAAAAGGCGUCUGCUUUCAGUCGUAGCCCUCCUCCGUUGUUUGAAGAUGAUGACGACGAUACAAAUUGGAUCUAGCGUAACUUUAGUGACUUUUUAUAUAUUUUUUUACAUAUAAAGUUUUGCAAUUAUUAAAUACAAUUAGAUAUAAUGGAAUGAAGAAUAUAAGAUAGUGAGACUUUUUAGUUAAUAACAACUUGAUUACGCCCUAAAUAUGUUAAAGAUAUGAUCAUUCCUUUUAUAGUUCGCAAAAGUUUCCACAACUAUCAAGAGUAAAAAGGGAUUAACUUCAGGGUUUUUGAAAAAAUAUAGAUGCAUUUAGAACGCUGAUUGUGCAGUAUUCUUUUUUUACGAAGGUAUAUUUUCACGCGCAUUAAUUUUACGCGGAAACGUUUUGUGCGUAUGCGCGAAGAUAAUAAUCUACCCAAAGUGGUACUAAUUUUCACGAAUAAGUUUGCAGUGUUUUGUUAAUAAGAUGUCAACCGCCGAAGUCAAUAAAAUAUUCAAUUAUUUUUUCCAUGAAGUGAUUCAAUCAGGAUGUUACUCGUAUUAGUUUUAUAUUGAAAUGUUUGUACAUAAUUCUUAUAACUUAGUUACUUUUCAUUUAUAAUUAAUAUAUCUAUAAUUUUUUCAAAUAGACAACUUCGCCUAGA